UUGUUUUCGGUAUAUUUUGACGUCGAAAUUGUGUGGAAGGUAUAUUUCUGAGAGUCAGUCACACUGAGCACCAUGCUUGAUAAACUGAAAUUCAAUAAUUUGGUAAUUACCAACAAGAAAGUCAUCCAGCAAGCACGUGCGCAAACGGUUUCCAAGCUCGUUCAGAAGCUUAGGAAGGUCAAAGAUGUCCUGGCAAAACAUCCGGAGAAUGAGAAACACAAGCAGCGCUUGCGCAAAAGCAGCGAAUGUGUGGCCCAGCUGAAGGCUUUGAAGAGUCUUGACAUUAUGCGGCAGCUGCUCCUACAGGAUGGCAAAAAUCCCAACGCUGUACUCACCAAUGGCCGUUCAACUCCAGAUGAGGUGGUUCUUGCAAUGCUGGCGCUCAACAAACUGAUUAAAGCGCUGCUUGACACAUUUCGACAAACUUUGGGCCUGGAGAGUGAUAAGGAUUCCAAGUGGCGUGAAGAGAUUUUGGAAACGAGCAAGAGACGCGUGAAGCUAGAACGCACUGAGACGAAGAAGAGACAACGCAAGGAACUCAAAGAGCAGAAGGCCCAGACGCGCAAUCGACUAGAAUGGUUGGAACAGAACAAAGUGGAAGCUGUGGGUGGAACUGAUGUGGUAGCAGAAACAGAUGUAUUGCCAGCGACAGAGUCGGCGGUUAGCGAGGUAGAAGCAGCGAAAGAAAAGAAACAGAAACCCAAACAAGAAAAGCCUCUGCGUAAUCCUAAAUUGACCUCUGUGAAGAAAGAGAAGCCAAAGCUUCGGGAAAAGAAGCAACCGCAAAAGGAUAAGAAGCCCGAAAUUAACCCAAAACCCAUUGACAUCAAAGAAAAGACACGCGAGCGAGAACCAGAGAAGGAGCCGAGCAUUGAAAAGGAGACCAAGGCUGAGAAAGAUCGUCCAACGCAUGUCAUAGAUCCAUUUUUCAUCACAGAAUCUGGUCAGCCGUAUUUAUCCACCGCUGUUGUUCAUUCAGACAACAAUGAGAGCGAUAACGAGCAAGAGCCGACGCCUCACCCUGCCAAGCGUCCGCGCAACGAGCUCCGACAUAGUGACAACCGGGGAGAGCGGAGGCCAGAGAUCAAUAACAAGAAACCCACUGAUGAGUUCCAUCCAUCCUGGAUAGCCAAGCAGCAACAGAAACCAGUUAUUGGGCAGUUUAAGGGCAAAAAGAUCAAGUUUGGCGAUGACGGACAAGCCGCACAAAUUGAUCUUCCAGCUGUCAAGAAUCAUGCUUCUGCUCCUGCAUCCGCUCCUAUUCCCACUUCGAUGGAAGGCAUGCAUCCCUCUUGGAUUGCCAAACAAAAGUGGAAGCCAAAAAUAGCCGCCUUCCAGGGAACUAAAAUUAAAUUUGACGAAGAUUAAAAUUCAGCUUAUUUAUAUAUGUAGUAUU